CUGAACAAAAUAAACAAAAUAUCAAUACAAAUUUGAUUACAGUAAAAGAUAUUGAAAAUGUAUUACUUGAAGUCUUAAAUAUAGCAAUUCGAGAAUUAUGUGAAAAACUUGAAAAAUUAUAUAAGCUUUAUUACGAGUUAUCUCAGGAGGAAGAAAAAGAUGAAAUUUCUGAGAUAGAUGCAAGUGAAAUUAUUAAGGGUCUUCUCAAAAUGUCUAUCAAAUAA